GUACUAUGAUGAUGCUGCUUGUGUCUUGAGGAAAAUGUUCCUGGAUGCGAAGGCCCCUCAUCUUUCUUCAACAAUUCCACCAACUCUGCCAUGGAAGGUAAAUGAACCAGUCCAACCUACAGAGGGACUUACACGCCAAGGAAGUGGUAUAAUUGGAUCAUUUGGGCAGUCGGAGGAGCUUAGAUGUGUAAUUGCCAUUGUCCGCCAUGGUGAUCGAACUCCAAAGCAGAAGGUAAAGUUGAAGGUUACAGAGGAAAAACUAUUAAAUUUGAUGUUAAAAUACAAUGGAGGUAAACCUAGAUCUGAGACAAAACUCAAGAGUGCUGUUCAGCUGCAAGACUUGCUUGAUGCUACAAGAAUGCUAGUACCACGUACAAGGUGCGGUCGAGAAAGUGAUAGUGAUGCUGAGGACCUGGAGCAUGCUGAAAAGCUUCGUCAAGUUAAAGCAGUGCUUGAGGAGGGAGGACAUUUUUCUGGAAUCUAUAGGAAAGUCCAACUAAAACCAUUAAAAUGGGUUAAAAUAUCAAAAACUAAUGGUGAAGGUGAAGAAGAACGCCCAGUUGAAGCUUUGAUGGUUCUCAAAUACGGAGGUGUUCUUACACAUGCUGGACGAAAGCAGGCCGAAGAACUGGGUAGAUACUUCAGAAAUAAUAUGUAUCCAGGUGAAGGUACAGGCUUGCUUCGUCUCCAUAGCACUUACCGUCAUGAUCUGAAAAUAUACAGCUCAGAUGAAGGUCGUGUCCAGAUGUCUGCAGCUGCAUUCACAAAAGGUCUUCUUGAUUUGGAGGGGCAAUUAACACCAAUUCUGGUUUCACUUGUGAGCAAAGACUCUUCUAUGUUGGAUGGGCUAGAAAAUGCCAGCAUUGAAAUGGAAGGAGCUAAGGCUAGGUUGAAUGAGAUUAUAACUGCUGGAGCAAAAUCAUCCCAUGGCAGUGGAACUGCAGAGUUUCCCUGGAUGGUUGAUGGUGCUGGACUGCCUUCCAAUGCAAGUCAACUUCUACAAAAUUUGGUCCAAUUGACUAAAAAAGUUACUGCACAAGUAAAA